AUGUUUGAGCUUCGACCCUAUCCCAAGGAUCGAGCGGUUCCCGUUUGGAACGAGAUUAGGUUGCAUGGUGUGCUGUCCCAGCGGCGACGACUGCGGGUGAAUCAUCACCACCACCACUAUCUUCACCACGGUGCAGGACGCUUCAGACCACGAUCAUAUCCACCAAGACCCAAUCCACCGCCACCACCUGGAGUAGGAACCGCAGGAACACUACUCGGAAUAGCUGCGAUUACUUCUGCCUUGACUCGACCAUACUAUCCGCCUGUUGUUUAUAAUCCGGCAUAUCCGUACUAUCCAUACCAACCUUAUCGACCUUGGAUUGCUUACAAAAGGAAUACAGAGGAGCCGACUCGAUCGCAUCUCAAUUCUGGAAGCUCGCCGAAGACUAGGAUCUUAUCGUCUCUUACAAACCCAUCAAAUGCUUACUACCGUGAUCAACCCAAUAAUUCUCGAAUUUCGAGGAUUGACAAGACUCCAUUGUAG